AUGACGGAAGUUGAGUACGUGACUCCGAAACGAGCGAUUUUCAACGUGUUCGACCUGGGCAAGUGGUGUAAGAGUGAGGUAUGACAGUUAUUUUUUGUGUUUUAUGUUUAGAUUAUAUCGGGGUAAUUUUAGUUCCCAUAUUUGACUGAAAGAAACGUUGAAAUUUGAGUUUACCCAUCAGAUUCUCAUAGGUAAUAUAAUUGAUGCGGUAUUUUUAAUUUUUCCUGCGUUUUGGUUAAAUUUGCUAAUUAAUAUGAAACGGUUAGAGCUUCUUUGUACUCUAUGGGACUUGGAAAUACCGCAGUUACGCCUCAAGAUCGUUCUUUACCGCUAUAUAUCUUAUUUUUAUUUCAGGCGUAUACAAACUACCUAAACUUUCUGAAACGGCUCAGCUUUGAAGUCAGAAGCACUCCCAGCACAUCCUCGAUUGAGAUCCCACCAUUUCCAUUGAAACUAUUGAGCUUCCUCGAUGUUUUGGAUGUGAGUUGAUUGAUUUUCUUUUUAUUUUUGAUUUUAGUCAUGGAUCGCGGAUUUUCCACCUGUUGACAUGGGAGAACAACGAUUUGGAAACAAAGCGUAUGCAAGAUGGCACGAGAGAUUGGUUGAGGUGAGAGUUGAAUGAGUUUUGUUCUCAAUGAGGGUCGAAUUUGCUAAUCUAUGUUGGACUUGGUGGUCUAAAACAAUAUUGAUUUUUUGAUGGUAGAUCUGGCUCUGUUGAUCGACAUUUUACGACUAUUAGUUUGAGAAAGUAUCAGAAUGCUCAUGGCGUGGUAUUUCGACUAAAAAGCUUAAAUCUUCUGCGUUUCUGUUCAUUUAUAUUACACUCGACCAUCUGCUUCAAUCUUAGAAAUUUCUUUGCUUAUAUUUGCUUGAAUAACCUCUAAUAUCACUUCAGAAGAUCAACGAGAUUGUCACCGACUUCCUCCCCGACAAUUUGAAGGCCGCUGCAGUCGAAUUAUGCCCAUAUUUGAACGAUUCUUUUGGGAAUGCCACCAGAAUUGACUAUGGAAGUGGUCAUGAAGCCGCGUUUCUGAUCUUCCUCCAUUUAUUGUACGAGCUUGGGUGUCUGAAGCAUCCCGAAGACGAUAAAGCAGUUGUUCUUCGUGUGUUUGCCAGAUAUCUACGGCUUUGUCGCAAACUUCAAGGGACUUAUCGGAUGGAGCCUGCUGGAAGUCGUGGAGUGCAUGCAAUCGACGAUUUUCAAUUUGUUCCUUUUAUCUUUGGAAGUUCUCAGUUGAUCAGUAAGUGUUUCACUUUGUUUUUGAACUCUUUAGGUAUCAGUUUAUUGGAUGGACAGCCUUUUUUGACAUAAAUUUGCCAAAUCCAUCAUGGAUAAUAUAAUUUUCUCUCACAUUUCCAGACAAUCGCGCCAGAUUGACUCCGGACGACUAUCUGAAGGAAGAACAAGUCCUCAUCUAUCAAAACGAUAACUUAUUCUUCGAAGCUAUCCAGUAUAUUAACGAUGUAAGUUCGUUUUUACUUUUUUUUGAUCUUUAGACCAAAACCGGCCCAUUUUAUGAGCAUUCCAACCAGCUGUACAACAUUAGCGCCGUCCCCAGCUGGGAGAAAGUCAAUUCCGGCCUGUUCAAGAUGUAUGAAGGCGAGGUUCUCAAGAAAUUUCCGGUGGUUCAGCACUUUUUGUUUGGAAACCUCUUCAGCAUCCAAGAAAGGGAUCCCAAUCAGAAAGAGGAAGAGGAAGUGCCCUCUGACCCGGUUCCAGACGAAAAACCAUCUCAUCUUGAUGCAAUCAGCGAAGAAUAG